CUUCUUCAAUUAUUAGAUCAACAAUAAUCUUUUCUUUUAAUACAUCUCCGUGCACAUUUCGAUCAAAAUCAUUCCUAAAUGUUAGAGGAAUAUCACAAAUUUUAUAAAAAAUGUAUAAAAUAAUCAAUAUACUUCUGAUUAUAUAUAUUGUUACAGCAAAUGCACAUUUGCACUUUCCCCUUAAAUUGAAUACAAAUGCAGAAUUAUUAAGUAAUAAAACUCAAUCGAAGGUUAAUUAUACAUUACCAAAUUCUAUAAUACCUAAAAAGUAUACUUUAUCCUUAACCACUUAUCUGGAUGAAGGACUUGAAAAAAGAUUCACUUUUGAUGGCAUCGUGGAAAUUGAAAUUGAAAUACUCACAAAAGUUCGAAGUAUAAUAUUUCAUUCAAAGGACUUACGAUUCGAUCGUAAUAAUAUCCAUUUGAGAAUAGACAAAAUAGAGAUUCAAGAGUUCUUUGUUCAGUUUGACAAGAGUAAGGAUUUUGUGAAUAUAACAAGUUUGAAGGAUGAUUUUCAAACAGGCAUCUACUAUUUAAAAAUAAACUAUGUUGGUGUAUUAAGCGAUGAUAUGCACGGUUUUUACAGAAGUUCGUACAUGAAUGCAGGAGUAAAAAAGUGGCUUGCAACGACUCACUUUGAGCCUGUCGGUGCACGUCGUGCAUUUCCAUGCUUUGAUGAGCCCCAAUAUAAAGCAACAUUUGACGUUUCCAUUGUAAACAAUAAAAAAUACAUAGUACUAUCGAAUACAAAAGUAAAAAAUGUUGUAGUAUCAAACGAAAUGAAAACAACGAGUUUUUUUACGACACCGCCAAUGUCAACAUAUUUGCUGGCUUUUGUUGUUUCCGAUUUUACAAGUAUUAGUAAUAAGAAUUUGAAUUUUAGCAUAUACUCCAGACCAAAUGCCAUACAAUAUGGUAACAUGGCAUUAAACGUAAGUGAAAAAAUAUUAAAAGCAUUGGAAGAUUUUACUGGAAUUCCCUUCCACAUCAAUAAAAUGGAACAGGCGGCCAUUCCCGAUUUCGCUGCUGGUGCAAUGGAAAAUUGGGGUUUGGUUCUUUAUAGGGAAAAGUCUCUACUUUACGAUGAUAAAGUUUUAACCACAAGCGAUAAGCAAAAUAUCGUAGAAACUAUUGCUCAUGAAUUUGCUCAUCAAUGGUUCGGUGAUCUUGUUAGUCCAAAAUGGUGGAAAUAUCUAUGGCUUAAUGAAGGAUUUGCCAAUUUUUUUCAAACCUAUAUUACAGAAAAGAUUGAGCCAGAAUGGCACUCGAUUGAGCAAGCAGUCAUAAAAAGCAUACAAAAUAAUGCCUUUGAUUUCGAUAGCAAUUUAUCAACGCAUCCGCUUAAUCAAGAUGUGGAAAGCCCGAGUGAGAUCAACGCAAUAUUUGACAGAAUAUCGUAUGAAAAAGGUGGGGCUGUCAUUCGUAUGAUGCAACACUUUCUUACGGAAACUGUUUUUCAAAAGGGUCUCCAAAAUUAUUUAACUAAAAAAUCAUUAUCAGUGGCAAAUUCUGAUGAUCUUUUAGCAGCAAUUCAAGAGGUUAUAGAUAAAAAAAACUUUCCACUCGAUUUGAAAGCUAUUAUGGAUAAAUGGAUUAAUUACAAAGGCUAUCCAGCUGUAUAUGUGACCAGAUAUUAUAAAACGUCGACAGUUGAGCUUAAACAGGAACGAUUUGUCAAAUACAAUGCAAGUAGGGAAGAAAAAGGCAAUAAAUAUGAAUGGCACAUCCCAAUUAAUUAUGCAAUUCAAUCAAAACCAGAUUUUGUCACGACGAUACCGCAACACUGGCUCAAAAGUACUGCGAUGAAUAUAUCUGUUGAUGUUGAUUCAAAAGAUUGGCUUAUUUUAAAUAAACAACAAACAGGCUUCUAUCGCGUCAACUACGACGAUGACAAUUGGAAACUCAUUACCAACUAUCUUAAUUCUGAAAACCGUACUAAGAUUCACGUUUUAAAUCGUGCUCAGUUAAUGGAUGAUGCCCUCGCUUUUGUGAAGCAAGAAAAAUUAAGUCUCAAAAUUCUCCUGCAGUUAACCAGCUACUUGAAAAAUGAAACAAAUUAUAUUGCGUGGCAACCAGCAUUUAAGACAUACUUAUGGCUAAAAACCAAAUUAAGUAAUACCGGAUAUUAUACAAUUUUCAAGGACUAUGUAUUGAACUCUACAACAAAUUUGCUUACUUCUGUAGGUUUGGAGGAAAGCGAAAAUGAUAAACAUUUGACUAAAUUGAACAGAAUUGUAGCUCUUAAGUGGGUUUGCUCUCUAGGUCAUCAAGAAUGUACAACAAAAAUGCAAGAAAAAUUGGUCAUGUGGUUAGAUAAUUCUACGAAAAAUCGUCUUUCACCAGACUUAAAGAAAAUUACUCUCUGUUAUGGUCUGCAAUCAGCCGACAUCGAUAUAUGGCAAAAAGUUCUGGAUAAAUGUGUGGAAACAACCGAUCCUGAUAACCAGAAGGAACUUCUCGUGGCUUUGGGAUGUUCAAAUAAUAAUCAGAUUUUGCAAAAAUACUUUAACUUUAUUUUAAACGACACUUCGCCAUUUAAUAAUACAUUUUCCGUAAUAUCUACAGCAAUAAGUAGUGCUUUAGAAAAUAGCGAAGUAGGCAUUGAUACUGCUUUAGAUUAUGUAAUUAAAAGGUUUAUUACUCUCCUGAGAAAAAUCAAAAACGAAGAUCAAAUAUCCAGUUUAUUUAGUAACAUUGGCAGCAAAAUUACCACUACGAUUCAAAUAGAAAAGCUUAAAACAACAAUAAAUAUGGAUAUUCCAGAAAAUAUAACGAAUCAAGGAAUAAAAUUUGCUGAAAAUAACAUUAAAUGGUUAACGGAUAAUAAAGAAACUCUCAGAUUAUGGAUGAAAGAUAUAAAUUCUUAUAGUAAGUCAAGCGAUAUAAGAAUAACUUGGGGAUACUUAACUCUCGUCACAUUAAUAUUAUUAAUUACUCAUUUCAAUAUUAAUUAAGUUAUAAAUAUUAUGUUAAAUAGU